ACAAUACUUGUGCUUCAUCAGCUUUUACCUGUGCCAGUGGGCAGUGUAUUCCAGGUCGCUGGCGUUGCGAUAAACAUAAUGACUGUUUUGAUGGCAGUGAUGAAUUGCAUUGUCCUACACAAGGACCCACUUCAUGCCCUGUAACCCUGUUCACCUGUGAUAAUAAUAGAUGUAUUCCAAGGAUCUGGCUAUGUGAUACUGAUAAUGACUGUGGUGAUGGGUCAGAUGAAAAAAACUGCACUUUUGCAGGUACUUGUGAGCCCAGGCAAUUUCAGUGUCCAGACCACCGCUGUAUUGAUCCAUUCUAUGUCUGCGAUGGAGACAAAGACUGCAUAGAUGGUGCUGAUGAGCAUGACUGCAUAUAUAACUGCAGUGCCACAGAGUUCAAAUGUCGAAGUGGAGACCAAUGUAUCAGCACUUACUACCACUGUGAUGGUGUUUUUGACUGUAAUGAUCACUCAGAUGAGACUGAUUGCCCUACAAGACCACCAGGCAUGUGCCACCAGAAUGAAUUCCAGUGUCAAUCAGAUGGCAAUUGUGUUCCUGCUAACUGGGAAUGUGAUGGCCAUCUUGACUGUGCAGAUGGCUCAGAUGAACAUCAUAGAUGUCCUGCCAGGACCUGUCCUCCAUCUCUUUUCCGCUGCGAUAAUGGCAACUGUGUCUAUCGAGCAUGGAUCUGUGAUGGUGAUAAUGACUGCAGAGAUAUGAGCGAUGAGAGAGAUUGUCCUACUCAACCCUUCCGGUGCCCCAGCUGGCAGUGGCAAUGUCCGGGUCACAGUAUCUGUGUGAAUCUGAGCAAAGUAUGUGAUAAUUCUGCUGAUUGUCCCAACGGAGCUGACGAAUCCCCCUUGUGCAAUCAGGAGAGCUGCUCUGACAAUAAUGCCGGCUGCACUCAUGAAUGUAUUCAAGGACCCUUUGGAGCUCAGUGUACUUGUCCGAUAGGAUACCAGCUUGCAAAUGACUCCAAGACCUGUGAAGAUAUUAAUGAAUGUGACCCUCCAGGCUUUUGUAGUCAGCAUUGUUACAAUGAGAGAGGGUCUUUUAGGUGUUACUGUGAUGAAGGAUACGUUUUAGAAACCAAUGGGAAGACUUGUAAAGCAGCAGAGUCUGGGAAUCUUCUUUUGCUGGUGGCAAGUCGUAACCAAAUUGUUGUGGACAACAUCACCUCUCAGUCACACAGUAUUUAUUCUCUGGUUCGGGAUGGGAGGAAUAUUGUGGCUAUUGAUUUUGAUUCAGUCACAGAUCGUAUCUUUUGGUCUGAUACAACACAGGAUAAAAUUUGGAGUGCUUAUCAAAAUGGGACUGACCGUAAAAUAGUGUUUGACAGUGGUGUCACCGUGACUGAAAGUAUAGCGGUAGAUUGGGUAGGUCGCAAUCUUUACUGGACAGACUUUGUUCUGGAAACAAUUGAAGUCUCUAAAAUGGAUGGGAGCCACAGGACUGUGCUGAUUAGUGAAAAUGUAACAAACCCAAGGGGACUAGUGUUAGAUCCCAGAAUUGAUGCUCAUGUAAUGUUCUGGACUGACUGGGGCCAAAACCCUCGAAUUGAAAAAGCCAGCAUGGAUGGCAAAAUGCGAACAGUGAUUAUUAACAAUAAAAUCUACUGGCCCAAUGGACUCUCCAUUGAUUACCCAAAUAAACUUCUCUAUUUUGCUGAUGCUUAUCUUGAUUAUAUCGAUUUUUGUGAUUACAAUGGAAACAACAGACGACAGGUGGUUGCAAGCGAUUUGAUAUUGCAGCAUCCACAUGCUCUAACUCUCUUCGAAGAUUUUGUGUACUGGAGUGACCGCUAUACUAAUCGAGUAAUUCGGGCCAAUAAAUGGCAUGGAGGAAACCAGACAGUUAUGAUUUAUAACAUUCACCAGCCUUUGGGGCUUGUGGCAGUCCAUCCUAUAAAGCAGCCUAAUGUUGAGCACCCAUUUCUUAUUGCUGUAAGAGAUAAUAUAAUUUAUGGAAUUUCUCUGAACCCUGAGGAGAAGACAAAUGAUGCUAUGAUUCCAAUAGCAGGAGUUCAAAAUGGCGUUGAUGUUGACUUUGAUGACUCCGAACAGAUGAUUUAUUGGGUUGAAAAUCCG